AAAACAGCUAAUUUGCUUGUUGAAACCGACUCUAAACAGACACAGAAUGUGGCUUUGUCGACAGAUUGCUUUAUAGUCAGCAAAACCCACUUUCUGUGCUUCCUUUGUGAAAAAAAGAAAAAAAAAAGCCGUCAAAUUUUUUUUUCCUGAAGCUAUCCUUUCCGUGAAAAUUGAACUUUUAAAAAACAAAAACUUUGUUUGAGUAUUUGUUGGAAGGAAAAUGUCGUGAAGCUGACCUGGGUGGGCUCUUUCUUUCUCAAAUUAUUCAUUUCUGAAGUAUUUUUUCUAUCUUUUUUUAAUUACGAAUGCCUUUCUCUCUCUGGUAACUAAGGCUUUUUUUUUUUUUUUUAAUGAGAACUUUAUUUUUAGAUUAAUGGGAUUUUACAGUUCAUGUCUUGUCACCGAAAACGCGUUGCGUUUCCGUGUUAGAUUUCUUUUCUCUUCAUUGUUUUGGGUUUGUUUAGUGUAGCACCAGAUCUGCAUUUGGUUUUGUACGAAACUCAAAACCAAACAUUCUUUCCUGCUGCAGAUCAAGGGGAAACUUCAGAGUUGCUUUUGAAAAAUAGUUAAGUGAACUUACAAUUCUUUUUUGGAUGGUGGUUUUUUUUUAAUUUGGGGAGUUAGUUCAUUUGACGACUGCAGUUGUUUUUGCAAAAUAAUUCGGUUCAAGUAAAUUGGAAGGAGGGGCUUUGGUUUUGAGAUUUGUGGGAGAUCUUGUUCAUUUGAAGCAAGUUGCGUUUUGAUUGAGUUAGACUGAACGUGGAAAUGGGUUAUUGAGGAUGUUGGGAAACAGUUUGAUUUUGGGCCCAAGGAUUUGGUAAGCUGAAUUACUGGUUCAAAAGUGUAAACCUUGUUGUGGUAGAUAUUAUGGCCUCUGGAGAAGGCAGGCGUCGUCGUCAUGAUCUGGUGCCGCUUGCUGCUUUGAUCAGCAGAGAGAUGAAGAAUGAGAAGAUGGAGAAGCCGACUGUGAGAUACGGGCAUGCGGCUCAGUCUAGGAAAGGAGAAGAUUAUUUCUUGAUUAAAACGGAUUGUCAGCGAGUACCUGGGAAUCCUUUAUCUACCUUCUCUGUUUUUGCGAUCUUUGACGGGCACAACGGUAAUGCUGCAGCAAUUUUUACGAGGGAGCACCUCCUGAGUCAUGUAUUGAGUGCUGUUCCCCGUGGCAUUGGGCGGGAGGAGUGGCUUCAAGCUUUACCUCGGGCAUUAGUUGCUGGAUUUGUGAAGACAGACAAGGAGUUUCAGAGUAGAGGGGAAACAUCGGGUACUACUGCUACAUUUGUAAUAGUUGAUGCAUGGACAGUGACUGUUGCUUCUGUUGGGGAUUCUCGAUGCAUUUUAGAUACUCAGGGUGGUGGUAUCUCCAGCCUUACUGUUGAUCACAGACUUGAAGAGAAUGUCGAAGAGAGGGAACGUGUCACUGCAAGUGGGGGUGAAGUUGGAAGGCUCAGCAUUGUUGGUGGUGCUGAGAUUGGCCCUCUCCGUUGUUGGCCAGGAGGUUUAUGCCUGUCUAGGUCAAUAGGAGAUAUGGAUGUUGGAGAGUUUAUAGUUCCCAUACCAUAUGUGAAGCAAGUAAAGCUGUCAAAUGCGGGUGGAAGGCUUAUAAUUGCUUCUGAUGGCAUUUGGGAUGCACUAUCAUCAGAAAUGGCAGCAAAAUCUUGCCGUGGAUUGCCAGCUGAACUUGCUGCUAGACAAGUUGUUAAGGAAGCAUUAAGGACACGAGGGUUAAAGGAUGACACAACCUGCAUUGUUGUCAACAUAAUUCCACCUGACAAUUUAGCACAUCCUUUGCCUCCUCCCAAAAAGCAGAAUAAACUGAGAACCUUUUUAUUCAGGAAGCGAUCUUGUGAUUCUGCCAAUAAACUAUCAAAGAAGCUUUCAGCUAUUGGUACAGUGGAAGAACUGUUUGAAGAAGGCUCAGCAAUGCUUGCUGAAAGACUAGGAAAUGAUGAGUCGGCAGGGCAAACAACUUCUGGACUUUUCACUUGUGCUGUAUGUCAAGUUGACCUUGCUCCAAGUGAAGGUAUCUCUGUUCAUGCUGGUUCCAUAUUCUCCACCAGCUCAAAGCCCUGGCAAGGGCCCUUCCUUUGUGCUGGUUGCCGCAACAAAAAGGAUGCCAUGGAAGGAAAACGCCCAAGAGAAGUUAAAGUGGCAUAGCUUUUAUCUAUUAUUUGCCUCAUUCUUUGCCCCUCAAUUCUAAUUAUUUUGAUAGCAGCCCUUUACUAGUUCAGACAAUUGUUCGAAUCGUAGUAUAUUGUGCAUCAAAUGUAUAUGUAAUCCUAGUGAAUAAUAAUGUAAAAUCAGCUUAUCAUGUAACAGGAGCCAGUCUAAGUAGAAUAUGCACACAUCAGCGAUUGGGUUGUUUUUAAAAGAA